UAGGCGCUAUUAAUUAACAUGGCGGGAAAGUACAAGAGGUUGGAAUUGGUGGGAUCUGGAACUUUUGGAAAAGCAUGGCUAGUUCAAUCAAAAUCCAGCAGUAAACGCUAUGUGAUAAAAGAGAUUAAUGUAAAAGCCAUGCCUCAAAAGGAAAGAGAGCAUGCAGCGAGCGAAGUUGCGAUUUUAUCAAGGUGUAAACACGCAAAUGUUAUACGAUACAGAGAAGCCUUCCUAGAACAUGGGUCGCUAUACAUUGUCAUGGAGUUCGCCGAAAAAGGAGACAUCCAUCAGAAGAUCAAGCUUCAGAAGGGGCAACUUUUUAAAGAAGUUACGAUCUUAAAUUGGUUUGUCCAAAUUUGUUUCGCCCUCGAAUACAUACAUGGACAAAGUAUAUUACACAGAGAUCUCAAGGCUGCAAACAUCUUUCUGACUGAAGACAAUAUUGUAAAAGUAGGAGAUUUUGGUAUAGCUCGGAUCCUUGAAGGCACACACGAUCAUGCUCAGACCGCAAUAGGAACACCAUACUACAUUUCCCCGGAGAUUUGCCAACGAAAACCAUAUAAUCAAAAGAGUGACAUGUGGGCACUUGGAUGUGUUCUCUAUGAGAUUGCAGCUCUUACAUAUCCUUUCCAUGGUGCUGACUUCAAUAGCCUGGUAUUCAAGAUCAUGCAAGGCAAAUAUAAUCCUAUACCAAGCGUCUACGGGCCGCUCAUACAAGACCUCGUGUACGUGCUGCUGCGGGCCGACCCUCUACGCCGGCCGUCCGCCGCACAGAUACUCUCUGUGGAGAACCUGCAGCCACACAUACAGCUCUACAUCUCGCACUACGAGCGCAUGCAGCAACACAGCGUGCGUCCGCAGCAGGGGCGUCGUCCGGCGGCAGCACCCACCGAACCGACGGGGGACGUGUCGCGGGAGGAGACCGCUGGGCGGGGCAGCGGCGCGGGAGGAGGAGGGGCGCGAGCGGCCGUGCAGGAGUCUGCGCAGAUACGGGAGGGCGUGUGCGACCGCACAAACACUGCGCGCGGAGCCGGGAAGGAAGCCAGGCGCGAGAAGGACAGCACUCGCCUGAUUCACCGAGCCGGCCAGAGGGAGAGGAAGGCGCAGUGCGCCGGAGAAAAUAAAGAGAAUAUUGAUCCAAAUGUGGCGCUGCGGGCUCGUGUGCAGUCACGUAAAAGUUCGCUGUCAACGCCUAAGAUUCAACGAAAGCAUACGCGAGUGCGCCAAGCAGUCUCAGAUUCAAGCUCCAAAGAUGUAGAAGUAAAAAUGGUGACUGGUCUGCGAAAGGGAACUGCAGUGCAAGGUAAAGCUGCAGAAGAGAGUCUACGCUGUCUGGUCACUAGACAGGCAGCCGAAUGCAGCCUCAGGAAAGCAUCUGCGUGUAGCGGACAAGAGGUACUACCGCAGUACGACAGCGGUUACAGCGAAGGCAACGUCAAGACCCAGCCUGAUGAAGAAGCGCCGCUAGGACCGAAGCCGCCACCCAAGUUGCUCCUGCGCGAAGAAAUACCGAGUAUCUCCGGGGAGCAGCCGUCACAGGUCACGCGGGACGGAGAGGCGAGGGUCCGGGGCGGUGAGCUGCCGCGAGAGAGCCACGUCAACUGCAAGACGUACACGAUGCGCGCGUUCGUCGCCGAGGCAACGUCGAGCGGCCGCGAGAGUCUACUCGGCUGCUGCAAUUCGGACACCGCCGUUGCCGACGACGACAGGUGCGCCGGAGACGACGAAGUCUUCGGCGUUGCCGGCGAGGUCUCCACCGGCGCCCCCACGUCUGCGAGUAAGCACGAGAAGAACAACAACAAGCAGACGAAAAUCAACAUGCUGACAAAGGUCCUCGGGCGUCUGAACAAGUUUCAGCCGGAGAAAGUCGCGGCCAGGAAGGACAGCGAGGAGGAGGAGGAGGAGGAGCAGUUGGUCGUCGCGAGGUUGCUGUACAGGGUUCACCGGCGUCCGUCCGGGUUCUCCGAUUCUUCCCCGGUGUCGCGAGAGCUGUGGGACUUCCUGGAGAAGAAGGUAGGCAGGGAACUGUGCGAAAGAUUGCUGGCGCGCAUGAAGGGCCGGGUGGACGACAACACAAUCGCGUUUGAGGAUUCUUUGUCCAUGCUCGGAAAGGAGAAUUUGAUGUACUUGCCUGUUAUCUUGAAACUUCUGGAAGUGGAAUCUCAGUAGAGUGUUACGGGUUCAUACGUAUUAUAUCAAGAGGAUGCUGCGUAAAUUAAUUAUUCACACUCUUGAUCAUAUGUUAUAUGCGAUUCGUACAGUGAGUCAUGUUCAUACGUCUAGAUUGUAUAUGUGCACAGAGAUAUAUUUUUUUAUUUUAUUUAUAUAGAGCAAUUUCGGUUGCAGUUUUCAUAUUUGCUGUUUAAUUAAUGUAAUAAUUUUAUUAAUAUUUCUAUAACACCCCUAAAUAAAGUAAUGUUGAAAAAAAUUA